AUGCGCUUCUCUCUCAACUUUGUCCUUCUUGGGGCUGCCUCUGUGACCAACGCCUUGAUCUCUCCCAGCCAACUCAUCCGCGGCAUCGACGACCUCGUCCACAAAACAGAGGACCUCAUCAAGCCCGCUGGCCAGCUUUCCAUCUCCAACGCACCCCAGCUAAUCCUUGGCUCUGGUCCCUUCUUUGCAAGUCCCACCAUAGCUGUGCAUGAUAUGUUUCUAACAGAAGGAACAUUCGACGGCAAGGAUGGUGACCAAAUCGUUGCUUCGGUCAAGAAGCUAUCCAACACUUUCAGCGACCUUCUGGAUGCAUUCCUCGACAAAGUCAACAUCUUUGGCGAAAUCCCCUUUGUCGACGCUCCCUUCCGCCUCGCCAUUGCCCUAACCAAGCGUGCCUUUGAAGAUUUCACCGGCAACAUCAUCAACUCUCUCAGCGGAUCGCAGGCCAACGACGCGCGUAGCUCCGUUCAAGGCGUCGAUGAAAAGUUCACCAGAACUAUCAUCAUCACCGAGGAUUGA